AUUUCCCCAGAUAUAGUUUAAAUGGAGAAUAAAAAGAGUCAUGAUGAUGAUACUAUGGACUUCAACAAGCUUGAAAAAGAGCUGGCGAUGGCAGUGGAACAAGAUCAACGGUACUGGAGAGAAAAUGAUGCAAAAUUCAGAGCAGUCCAUCAAAAAGUUGAAUCUUAUGAAGAAUUUAGAGAUAUUGUUCUUGCUUCUCAUAUAAAGCCAUUAGAGAAGGGUGACACUCUGCAAAAUGUUACAUUUGAUGUCAAAUGGAAUGCUCAUGCAGAAAACAGUAAAGCAAACCCACAAAGUUCCCACGCAUCUGACAUUAAAAAGAGUUCCAAUCUACCAAAAGACAGUCAGGAGUUUACACGAGAUUGGAGGCGAUACCACAAGUCAACAUCUGAUCAGUAUAACUUCCUGUUAGAAAUGGGCGGAGCUCAGUUGGCACAUAUUUUUAAAACAGACAUUAAUCUUCUAGGAGAUUUUUUGAUAGCACUUGAUUCAGAAUACAAAGAUCAAGAUGGUGAAAAAGUGACCGAGAUUCUAGAAAGUUUGUGUUCAGCUAAGAGAUUUGUCCUGUCUUUUCAGUUCCUAAGUGGAAAGAGAAGAAGGCUUGUGAAUCAUUGA